UUAGUGAUAUAAAUUGCUUCAACAGAAGCAGUUAACGUAAAAAGUCAAAAAUUAUCUAAAAUGGAAGCCGCUAAAUUUGUUUUUCUUCUAAUUAUCUCAUCCUUAUACUACUAUACAAAUGGAAAAGUUUCGCCUCGGAUAAUUGGGGGUGAAGUUGCCAGAGCAUCCCAGUUUAGGUUUGCAGCAGCCAUUUACACACAUACCGCCGACAGCAAAUUUUUCUGUGGUGGCGCCCUAACCGGAAACCAGUGGAUUAUAACGUCAGGAACCUGCGUAUACAAUGCUGAACUUUUUACAAUACAACUCGGGUCUAACACUCUCGAAGGAGAAGAUUCAAAUCGCGAAGUGUUGGCCACAUCUACUUACUAUCUGCACCCUGAUUUCAACCCUGAGACGCUUGAGAAUGAUAUUGCUGUCAUUGAACUUCGAAUGGCUGUUAUGUUGAACGGGUACAUACAACCCAUUUAUGCAACAUCCAUGGACCACCAAAACAACACUGAUGCCAUAAGUUUAGGGUUUGGACAAGUAAGCGACUCUGAUCCAGAGCUGUCUAACGAGCUUAGGUAUGUAUCUACUGUCACUUUAACUAACGAAGAGUGUCGUCUGUAUUACGGAAAUCAAAUUGUGGACAAUAUGGUUUGUGCUAGUGGAAACUACAACGAAGGAACUUGCAUUGGUGAUAAUGGGGGACCACUCGUAAUCACCAAUGGAAAAUAUUUUUCUUUGAUUGGAGUGGCAAGUUUCAUCAGUGCUAACGGCUGCGAAAGUACAGAUCCCUCGGGGUAUACAAGAAUUCGUCCAUAUGCUGACUGGAUUCACAACAUCACUGGUCGAUAUGGAUAGUAAAUAUUUGAACCAAGUUUAUGGAAAGAAUAUAAACUUAAUAUUUGUAUUCAAGUUGGACUUAAAUUAAAGUUGAACAUAGUUUA